AUGGAACUCGCAGCUGCAAUUGGCGCCUUUACCAGUCUUGCCGUCAACGCUGCGCAGAUCUAUAGCAAACUAUCUACUCUGGCAUAUCAGUUUCGUUUCGCUUCUUUUCAAAUCUUGCGAGUAGCUCAGGAUGUAUCCGGAGUUGAAGCCGCCCUUCACCAGCUUAGCGAGCUACUCAAGGAUGAAGACCUUCCAAGAUACGUCGAGCCUGAAAACAAAUCACGGUACCUGAUACAAAACCUGACUUCAACUUGUCGAAGCCUUUUCGAGUCAAUCGAGAAAAGCCUGAGAGAUGCUUCUAAGCAGAUCAAAGCAAAGGGACUGUCUCCAGGAGUCGAGAUCACAUUAACCCAUGGGGAGCAGGCACUCUGGCCCUUCCACCACGACAAAGUUGAAUCGUUGAUGAAAGAGCUCAAUGCUAUCAAAACCACGCUGAUGUUGGUUUCACAAAUGACGACGCUUUCACUUGUGAAGAGAUUAGCAACAGGCUCGCACCCCAGGUUGAAAGACAAUCUCCACCACGUUGACGAGGGCGAUAAAGAGCUGCUUUAUAGAGCUAUUUACUCUUCCCUACAGGAUCCACAAAUCAAGCGCAUAUUACAUAGUAUGGACGCACAACUACGGAUCGGCGGUAGCAUCAGUGAUGAGGCAGAUUUUGUCCAAGGCGCUGGCCCCAGUGUCUUGCCACCCGCCUCACCUGACCGCGCACUUGGUCAAAACGCUUCAACUUUUCCAGCAGGUGUAAUCUCGGUCAAGUCAUCUCAGGAGACUUCGCCACCAGCAAAGAACGCAGCAUGGGGUGAUUCGAUGCCUGAGAAUGGUAUCUCAAGAUCGCGGGCUUCAAGCGUCCAAGAAGGUUGCUCCCCAGAGGAUCCCAAAAGCCCAGUGAUUCAGAAUGCUACGACAGGCAACAACAGCACUGCCAAAUUCUCCUCGGCAGAAGACGUCGCUCGGAACAAGCGGGGACUAAAGGAGGAUAUAUCCGAUUGUGUGCCUCAUGUUCCUGAUAGUGCAGUACAUCGACACUCUAAUACAUUGUUGCGUAUCAUGCAACAGCGGCCUUCCAAUAUAUAUGGAGUACUCCAGAACAGCCCUUCCGGCAGGCCAGAGUGGAGUCAAAAUUCUCGCAGUAGACCUGCCAGCAAGUUUCACAAGAUGGAGGCACAAUCGGUUUUCUGGAAGGUUGCAAACGGAUACAGUAAGCAGAAAGACAGAUACGAGGUCAUUUCAGGCGUCAAUAGGAUAGCCUAUCUGUUCAUGCCACAGCUACACCAAGAUCCACAAAAUACCAGCGUCACGUAUAAAGUUACAGAAAUAGAGCUCUCGCAAUCCGAAAUUGCUCAUGCUCUAUCUUACUGGGGCGCGUGCAAAUCCGGGGCACGACAUUUCGAUACCUGGGAACCGUCUCAAAAGCAAGCCUUGGACCAAAUUGAGACCGAACGUGGCAAGCUCUUCCCUGCACACUUCAUCAUUGAGUCCAUCCAGUACACAAAUCCACGAAUCUUCUCAUCCACAACGGCUCUCCUUAAAUCACACGACAUUCUAGUCGUUGUGGAGGAGCUUUGUCUCAAACCUGGUCAAGAAAGAAAAGCAGGCCUUGGGGGGAUGGGGCGACAUCGCACGAAAAUGGCCUUUCCUAUACCACAUUUCAAAUCAAGAUCACCAAGAGCCAAAAAAUCACCUGCGGAGCACCCAGCAAUGGGGUUUGAACAUUUUCCCAAGCCCGUACCCUCGGACGCUUCUUAUCUAGUGAUGAUUUGCGGAACUACCCCUCAAGGGGACCAAUGA